AUGUCGGCCGCAUCAGAUGAGAUCAAGGGCCUUCUGGCCUUGCGUGACUCGUUGAAUAGUUCAAUCGACGCAUUUAUUGAUCUCUCAAAUGAGGAGAGGGCCCCAGGACCAAAGGUGAAUCAGGCACGGCAGAAGAUCUCUUCUGCCGCGAGAAAGCUGGCCACCGAGGUUGCAAAUCCCCAGCAGGAAGCAACUGCUCUCGCCUUUGCGCCCUGGCUGAACGCAGUGAUUCGAACUGCCCUUGAGCUGAAUAUAUUCAACCUUCUGGGUACCUCAACUACCGCAUCUGAGCUUGCAGAGAAGACUGGUGCCGACGAAGCGUUAAUAGGCAUGGACAAGACCCUCCACUGA